GUUGGCAACACCCGACAGAUGCAAAAAAAAAGUGUAUACAUAAGAAGCGGAAAAAUCUUUAUUUUGUAGGAAAAAAUUGAAAGUAUUUUAUUAAAUCGUGGUUCAAAGAGAAAAAGUAAUGCUUAUCAGGUCAGAAAUUCAUCUCAGUAAAAACAUUCAAUAAAAGUCGCGUAAAUAUCAGUCAAUAAAUCUAUAAAAGCUGCCGCAACGUCGUCGGCUGGUUGGGCAUUCAUAGAAGAAGCUUAGAAAAAAUUGUGUGUAGAUCUUAAAAGCAAAGAAAAAUUAUUAUGGAGGCUCCUACAACAGUCGAUACGGCACCUAUAACUGGUGGUGUGGCUCCCACACGUGGACGCGGCGGUAUGCGUGGUUCAUUUGAACGGGGUCGUGGCAGGGGUAUGGGUAGGGGUCAAUUUUCCGGCAUGGGAGGACCCGGGGGUUUCUCAACCCGAGGUGGUUAUGGAGCACGUGGAGGCGGUAUGGGUGGCGCACCGAUGGGCUAUCCACCACGUGGAGGUUUCGCUCCAAGAGGAGCGCCACCAAUGCGCGGAGCACCUGGUAUGGGUGGUCCAGGCGGAUAUUCUGGCAGGGGUGGUUUUCAGGGGGCACCCCGAGGUGGACCACCAAUGCGAGGAACCGGUAGAAUGCCAAUGUACAACCAACAAACAUUUUUGGACGCUGCAGAGCCGAAACAACACACCGGUGUGGAUAACAAUAAAACUAUCUCACCGGUGCAAGCAUCUGCUAACAAUCAAGUUGUUGCCAUAAAGGAAGAUAAUACAGCUGCUGCAACAGAGGUUGCUGCAACUGCGGCAGCACAAGAAGCGGAUCCCAAUGCCGUGGUGACUGCUUCGACAGCGCCGUUGGUUAGUAGUAAGCCACCAUUAAUGGGUACAUCACCAAAUUAUCGCGGUCGUGGUCGAGGUGGCCCAAGAGGUGGUGGUCGUGGAGCAUAUAAUCCACAUAAUGGUAGCGCCGGUGGUAUGAUGUCCAUGCAUGGUGGUGCUCCUAUGCAAGAGCAUGGCGGUAUGGUGCGACGUGGUGGUCCACCAAGAGGACGUGGUGCGUACCAGGGUGCUGGUAUGACACGUCCCCCACUGCACCAACAACCGCAUGCAUCUAACUCACAGGCAGCACCAAUGUCACUGAAACGCGGCGCUCCUGGUGGCCCACCAGGACCCAAGCGUGGUCGUUAUGAAUCCGGACCAUAUUCCCAGAGAGCUCCUGCGCCAAAAUAUCAUCAACCUCCACAUAUGACACAACAACCAGCAGCAAAUUAUGGUGUGGCACAUCAACCUGCUCCACCACCACCACAAAGCCACCAUGGUUACCCACCGCAUGUUGCCACACAAACAAUGGAUCCUUAUGCCCAGUCGUAUGCUGCACCACAAGCACAGACAACAUAUAAUGGUUAUGCACAGACAUCAACUUAUCCUCCGGCACCAACGCAUGCAGCCACACACCAGGCCAACAGUGGCUAUACAAGUGCUGAAUAUGAUCAAAGUCAAUAUCAAGGAUACAGUUCAACAUACGGCCAACAAGAUACCCGCUAUCAAACAUAUGGUCAAGAUUAUACUCAACAGUAUGGAGCGCCUGCUGUUGAUUAUAACACAUCUCAGGCAGAUUACUCUCAACACGCGCAGCAAACAUAUGAUGAACGCGCUUAUGCUGGCUAUGACACGCAGUCAUAUCAGCAGAGUUAUUCAAAUGCGGGCUAUUAUUAAGUCAAAAGUCAAAUGAUGUUUAUAAACAAAAACAAAUUAAAAAUAAUAAUAAUAAGAUACAACGCUAUUAUUCUCAACACUAAAUACGCUGUGCGUGCCGAUGAUACAACAACACAACAUAAUACCACAUGAUAGUGAAUGCUGCAAACCAACCAAACGACCAACCAACCAAUCAAUCAGCCAAUCAACCAUCAACUAUGAAAAUAUAUAUUAACAAAAUAUAUAUAAAUAUGAAAGAAAAAUCAUUGAGUAAUGCCAAAAACAAAAAAAAAAAAACAAAAAUAAUUAUAACCCCCCUUAUAUAUAAUAAUAGUCGUCGGUCGCCGUUCAAUGCAUUGGUGGAGCGUCGUCCUCAUUGUGUCGGCUAUGAUGGUACGUGUCUCUACGUCUGUUCAUCGUCUGUUGCAACAUGCAUGAUCUUAAAAGCGCUAAAUGAAAUAAUUUCAUUUCUUAUAUUUUUAAAAUCAUUAAAAAAAAUAUAACAACAAAGAUCUUAUAUAAAAUAUUAGAGAUUAGUAGUAUAAUAUGUACUAUCUAUCCAUCAACACAAGAUGAUGAUGAUAAUUGAUAUAUUAUUAUAUAUUAUGUGUAACACUUAUUAUACAAGUGAUGAUGAUAUGAUGAUCCCCCAAUAAUUCUAAUCCCUUAAAAAUCACUUAAUUCAAAAUGUAAGCUUAAAAGUGUCCAAAUUAUAUUUUCUUAUUUAGAAAUUUAAAAAAAUUACCAACCAAAUCAACACCAUUUGUGGAUGUGUUGUUAUUGGUAACCAUAAUAAUAUUGUUUUAAAAUUUAACCAUAGAACGUAAUUUUUUGAUGAUGGACAAAGCAGUAACUCCUGCACUCAGUCGAUAAAAAGAAAAUAAUAAUUGUUUUUUUUUUUCUUCGCCUAUAUAUUCUGUAAGAAUUUGUAAUUUUUUUUUUUACUAAAUUGACUAUUUUCUUUUCCCCCGAUGCUAUCCUCCUUAAACUUGUCGUUUUAUUUCCUAUUCAAACACUUGGCAAUGCAAUACUAAAUCUAUUUACUCUAUUCUUUACUUCCAACAUAAAUGUUUGUAUUUUAUUUUGACACUAAUAAAAAACUAUAUAUAAAUAAUAAUAAUAAUAAGAGAUUAUUGUUUCACAAUUAAAUGAGAAGAAAAAAAUUAAAAAUUUUUCUUUGUAUAUUUUUUAAGUUAAAAAUCAAAACAGUUUUAUUGUUUUAUUUAGCCCAAACCCAGACCUAUCCUAUGCAUACACAAUUAUCACCCUGCCCAAACAACAAUUAUUGCAUUAUAAUCUGAAAUGUAAUACAAUGUGUGUGUGUCUGCGCAUAGAAACAUAAAGAUUUUAUUUUGAAAUAAGAAAUUUUCUUUAAUAAGAUUUUUUUUUAAUUUUGAGUUGUAUUUCGAAAAUGAUGGCCUGUUUUGGAUAUGACAAUGCGAAAGUAAACUCGAAAGAAAAAUACCCAUUUCUUUAAUUUAAAAAAUCUCCUGUAGUGCGAUUCUCAACUCAUUCUCUAAGUUACGAGAAAAAUCGGCUACUUUUAAACCCAAAUGUUUGAUAUUAAAAAUAAGUUAAGGUUAGCCAAAAUUUGCAUGUACCGGUAGGCACUUUGAUUUACCCAUAAUUUCCUUUAUUACCGAAAUUAUAAGCAUUUUAAUUUUAUCGACUUUUGUUGGUAACUCAAAAAACAAACAAAAAAUGAGUUAGAGGAUUUCACUACUGGAAUUUGGGUUUUUUAAUUCGAGUUCACUUCCGUAUCGUCCUGGACAAACAGGGCCUUAAUAUUUAAAAGAUGGACUAUCAUAGAAAAUGUAUUUUAAUUGGUUUAAUGUAAUUGUAACAACUUUUAUUUAAUUUCAAAAUCUUUUUGAGUUAAAAUUGAAAGAGAAAAAUAUAUAUGAUCCGUACCAAAGCAAUAUUUUAUUCGGAUUUCAUUAAGGAUUGAAGGAGUUCGGAGAUAAAGUGCAUUAAAAUUACCAAGCAACAUUUUCCUUAUCUGAAAUGGAUCGAAAUCAAAGCCAAGUUCUUCCGAGGGUCCCCUACAUGCCGCUCUUCAUUGACGUUUUUUGUGAAUAUAUUGAGUAGCAGAUUUGUGUGGAGGUUGCAGCUCUGCCAACUUCCAAGAGAAGAUGCGUUCUGUACCCAACUGUGGUGGAUAUAGAGCAUGUCAGAAAUUAAAAUCGUUCUGACAAAAUUGGUAUACGGCCAUUGUUUAUUUGGAAGUACUAAGAGUUUCCCUCGUCGCUCCUGGGUGAUCCCUGCCAAUACAGUUUAUUACUCAAAUAUUGUCUGAUUGUUUCCGGCGACUAAAUCAAAAGUCAUGUGUCUCACUAAAAACGACAAGUCAAAAAUGCAACAAAGUCAAAUGCCAUAAUUUUGACAUUUUUUUAAUUUUUUUUUAAUGAAAGCAAAAAAUUUCGGAAAUAGCUUCAAAUUUUAGAAUAAGUUUAGAUUUGUUCGAAUUGGUCAUCUUUGGCACGAAUUAUGACCUUCAAACGGCCAAUGAAACCGUCACACGCUGCCCGAAUGUUGCUCAGCGGUAUUUUGUUCCAUUCUCGGCGAAGCGCUUAACUGAGGUGAUCGACAAUUUGGUAUUUUUACUGCCAACCUUGCUUUCUAAAAUACUCCAGACACAAUAGUCCAACGGAUUGGUAUCCGGAGAUUUUGGUGGUCAUUGUGCGCUGGAAAUGAAGCGAGGAAACUCAUUUUGUAACCCUUCUUGGGUGGCGCGUGCUGAGUGCGAUGGUGUUGAGUCCUGUUGGAAUGUCCAAGGUCUGCGGCCAAAAUGUUUGCGUGCCCAAGGCUUUAAUACACCCUCUAGAAUAUUUUCGCGAUAAAAUGCGGUAUUUAUUCUGAUGCCACGGUCGAUUAAUACGAGCGGUGGCCAACCGAAGAUGCAUAUUUUCAGCUGACCUCUCUUUCAAGUAAACACCAUCAUUUUGUUUGUUUACAAACUGCUGAACAACGAAUGUUUUCUCAUCGGAGAAAACCGAAUUCGUCAUUUUACCACUUUUGGCCAAGCGAAGCAACUCUUUAGCUCUUUUGAGUCUAUUUUCUUUCUGUUGCGGCGUAAGUUGCACUAUUUGAAAUUUCAAUGGCUUUACCCCGAGCUCAGUUUUCAAUAUUUGCCGAAUGGAAUAUUGCGAUAUGUUCAGCUCACGAGCCAUUUUUCGGCCACUACGACGCGGGUUUCGAUCAAGUCGCUUCUUUACUUUUCGCAUCAUUUAUGCUGAUGUUUCUGUUUUCCUCCGUCCUAGCAGUAUCAUGGUACUAGACUCAAAAGAUUUAUUCACAUUUAAAUGCUGGAGUGCUCUAACGAUAGUCUCUUGUGGUUUUCAAGUCAAAUAUAAAGAAAUCACACCAUGACGCUUGAAUUCCAUCACGAAUAACUUUUUUUCUGGGAAAUUCUCGCCAAAAUGCUUUGAAAUGAAGGACAUUUCUCAUGUUUGGAAUCCCCAAAAAAACAAAAAAUAAAUAAAUAAAUAAAAAAAAAAAAAAACAUUUUUCUUCAAACCAAAUAAUAAUCAUUUGAAAUUUCCAUUGAUAGUCCCUCUUUUAGGUAUUUCUUUUCAUAACCACAACACUUCCAAAAAAUAUUUUCUUAAUAAAAAUAAGUUAAAUAGCAUAUACAUUUGCUAAUUAAAAAUAAUAAAACAAAAACAGAAGUCCAAGGUUUAGUUUAUAAGCAAAAAUAAUUAUCUUAAAUAUAUUUUUUGCAGAUAAAAAAAGAGAUGAUAAGAGGGUAUGUGCGUAAUUACAACGUGAACGAAUGUUUAAUUAUGAUACAGAAAAUUAAUCAUUUAAUAAUAAUAAUAAUAUUUAAAUAUUACACAUUUGCUUUAUAUUUUAAAAUUUAUCAUCAAAGAUAAUAAUAAAAUAAAAUUACAAUAUGACAAAAAAAAAAAACUAAAGUUUAAAACAAAACCCAAAACAUACAGAAUUUUAUUGAACGAAGAAUGCAAUGCAUAUGAAGUAUAUUUACAAUGCAAAAGGCAAAUGCAAAAAUGAAACAACUAUUUUGAAAACUAAUGAGACUGUGAUAAGUGAACAAAAACCUAAAAAACAACAAAAAAAAUAUUAUGGGCUUAAGAACAAUACCAAACCAAGGAAAAAAAAUUACUACUGAAACUAUUCAAAACAAGGUACAAAUGAAUGAAACAAACAUUUACUUCUAUUAUGUGAUAUUAAUCAAAUAAUCUUAAAAUACAAUACCAAAAAGACUGAAGAAGAACUUUUACAAUAUCAUCUAUCUCAACUAAAUGAAAACAUUAAUUUUUUAUUUUUUACCUUUUUUAUACAUUUAUUUAUUACGUGGUAAAAAAAAAUAUUUAAUAUAAAUAGCAAACGUUCACUACGAAACAAACAAAAUGACAAAAAUAAUUAUAAAUUAAAAUUUGAACGAAAAAACAAAGAAGUGCAAUAUUUUAAUUUAAAUUUUUUAUUUUUAUAUAUUUUAUUUACUUGUUUUUAUUAUUUAAGUUUGUAAUGAAAAAAUAUUCCAUUUAAAAUAAUUUGAUCACGGCCAUCAACUGUUACCAAAAAGAAAAAGAAAAUUCUAAAACGUAUUUGUAAAUGGAAGCAAAACGGAAUAUUUUCAAAGGAGACCAAUGUGAUAUCCUGAUAUAUAUUUUAAUAUGAGUAAAAUACAAACAAAAUGGUUUAUCUUCAAUGCAAGCAAUGAUACGAUGUGUGGUAUAUUUGAGUGUUUUUAAUUUAUACAUCAAUUUAAAAAAAUAUUUCAAAACAUUUAAAACAGCAUUGAUAGCUCAGAAAACUAAGAAACUAAAUUAAAAUUAAUCACAAUAUUUUUUAAUGUUCAAAAAAAAACUUAAAUUUUUUUAAAAAAAAAACUUGAAUUUAUUUGUUGUGGAAACAAAAAUAAUUUGUUCAUAACCCUUAGUUAGUGUUUUAUAUUUUUUAUAUACUGAGGAUCGAUCCAUCUAUUUAGCUGUGUGAGGGAAUCAAACAGAAAAACCCAUAUGCUAUAUAUGUAAACAUAAAUAUUUAUAAUCAAAAUUACAAUUUAAUGUAUUGUUACAAAACAAGAAAUCAAUUCAUUUGAUACGGCCAAAACGUACCUCAUUGAAAUAACGGUUUCAAACCCUAGGUCUCUUUGGACCAAAUUCGUUUUAGAAUAUUUGGAGUCGAUCUAGCGAUGUGCAUCUGUCUGGCUGGCUGGCUGCGCACGCUAACUCUCGAAGGGAGUAUCCGCUUUGAUCCAAACUUGGUACAUCGUAAUAUUAUUGUCAAACUUAGAUCGAGACAUAAUUUCAACAUUUCCAAAAAAAAAAAUAAAUAAAUAGUAAUAAUUUACUGCACACAAAGGAUAAUCCGAUUUUGCUCCAACUUUGCAAAUCCUAAUAUUUGCAUCAGUGCUAGAUCAAGUGCGAAAAUGGACAAUAUUGGUCCACUCCAUCCAGUACCUUCCCCACAAAGGGUCAAAAUUUGGAAUAAUUAUAACUUUUAUAAAAUGUGAUGCAAGUGUCCGAUUGUCUUCAAAUUAUAUACAUAUCACAAUAUUUUUAUUAACCCAAGGUCUGAUCAACUCCUUCUGGUAACUCCCCCAAAAAACGUCGAAAUUUUCAAAAAAAAAAAAUAUUUUCUGCACAGAAAGAGAAACGACAAUCCGAUCCUGCUCCCACUUUGCUAAUCCUAAUAUUUGCGUCAGUUCUAGAUCAGGUGCGAAAAUGAACAGUAUCGGUCCACUCCAUCAAGCACACCUCCCCCACAAAGGGUCAAAAUAUUGAACAAUUACAACUCUUAUAAAAUGUGAUGCAAUUGUUUAAAAAUUUCACACAUCCCAAUAUUUUUAUAAACUUAAGGUCUGGUGUUAAGAUGGAAUUCAUCGGUUCAUUUUUAUGCCAACCCCUUCUGGUACCUCACCCAAAAAGGGUCACAAUUUCCAAUACUUUUAUCUGACAUAACUUGCGGAACAAAUCAGCGAUUCUUUACAACUUGCUAUAUCUAUGCUAUAUACGUAAUUUAUCGAAAUUUAUGAUUUCGCAUACAAUUGGACAAAAUUCGCACAUAUCUCAUAUAAAGUAUAGGAAGUAGUCGACAUAAUCCAAAUCUGGCACGUUGUAAUAUUUAUAUCAGUCUUAGGUCAGAAACGAAUUGGUCAAUAUUGGCUAACUGCUUCGGAACGUCCCCCAUAAAGGGUGAAUAGUUUGAAUAAUCAUAACUUAAGGCUUGGUUCUUAAAUUAUUGAAUUUGACCACAUUGCGUCCCCUCUAAUAUCAUUAAAGAUUGAUUGAUUGAUUGAAAGUUAGGAGAUAUUUUCAACACAAAGUAAUGCUGAAAUUAUGCUUCUUUAACAUUCCUUAGCAUUGAACUGCAAUAUAUAUUUCGCAACAAAAAUUAUAAAAAUAUUCCUUAAUUUUUUUAUCCUACGAAAUAUCUCAAAUUAUUAUAUAAUAAGCUAUAAGAAUUAUGCAAUUACGUGAUAAAUAUCGAUUGAUCUAUGCAUGCAAUACAACAAAAAAGGUACAUAUAAGAUAAUCUGAGUGAUAGGUAAGUUUAUUUAUUAAAAAAAAUAAUAAUAAUAAAAUCAGGUGCUUAUAUACGUAACGUGUACAUAAUAUAAAGUGGCCCCUAAUGAUAAUAUUUUAAACUCGAAUCCAAAAAAAAAACUACUAGACUGCAAAAUGUAUAUUUUUUCGAAAAUAAUUUUAUAUACAUCGUCAUAAAAUGCAAACGACAACAUAUCGAAUAUGAAUGAAUGCCAAACAAGUACAUUUACACUAAGUGAAACUAUAAUUUAUGGUGAUAUUAAUUAAUGAUAACAAAAAAAAGUAAAAAUAUUGCAAAGAAAUCAUAUUGAUUUAUACUAUUUAAACAUUUAAUAAAUCUUUUUAUUUGCUUUUAUAUUUUAAUGAAAAAGAAAGCUUGACAAUUUCUGUUUUAAGAAAAUUAUUUUUUCUGUUUCUGUUUUAAGAAAAUUAUUUUUUUUUUGGAUUUUAUUAAAAACAUUAUAAAAUUUAUUUUUUUUAAACUAUGAUAUUGUUGAUUUUACAACAACGAAUUCUACAAUUUAGAUUUAUUAAAAAACUGCCAAAGAAUCCUUACAAAAAAAAAGAUCGAAAGUCCAUUUAUAAACCAUUUAUAAUUCAUUGAAGGAUACAAAACAGUUGUUAUCAAAAACAAAGUUUUAUAAAAACAGUGGUAAGUUGCACGAAUAAUGAAAGAAAUAUACAUAUAAACAAAAUUUUAUAUUUUUUUUUUAAAAUAUAAAAAAAAAGAAAAAAUAAUUAAUGCUGAGGUAAUAACAACAGAAAAUAAGGAUCGGAAACCUAGCACAAAGAAGAAAACCAAAAAAAUAUUUUAUACAUUUUUAUUUGCUUUUAUGUUUUAAUGAAAAAAGCUUGAGUAUUUUAAUUUAUAUCGAAAUUUGUUAAUUUCUCUUUUUGUUUAAAGAAAAUAUAGCAUUUUUGUAAAAUGUUAUUAAAAAACACAAUACGAUUUAUUUUUUUAAACUCUGAUUUUAUAAAUCCUAACUUUGUUGAUUGUACACAAACCCCGUCCCAAAAAGUACAAUUUAAUUUUUUUAAUACAAAUGACUCCUUACAAAAUAUUGAAAAAUACCAAAAGUUAAAAAUACUUUCAAAACAUUAUAAACCCGAUUAUAUAAUUAAUUGAAGGGUACAUACAAAACAGAAGUUACCAAAACAAAGUUUUAUACACACAGAGUGGUAAGUUUGCAGCAACAAUAAUUGACAUAGAAAUCUAUAAAAAACUAAAAAAAAAACAGCAAUACUUAUUUAUUAAAAAAAAUAAAUAAAAACAAUAAUUUAUAUUUACCUAAAAAUAUAUAUAAUAUAAUCAUAUAUACUACUGAUCUGAUUGUUCUAUUUCAGCUAAAUUAUAUAAGAACAAAUUACAUGAUGAUAGCUACAGCUGGCUAUUACUGCCACUACUACUACUGUUACAACAACUACUAACACCUAUCUGCAUUUGGUAAUGAAUAAAACCAACAAAAAAAUGAUUUCAAUAGGAGGGUGUCGUAUUUUCUUUAAAUUAAAAUUAAAAUAUUAAAGAAUUCCAGUUUAAAUAUAAACGUUUGUCUUGACGGUUUUAUCUUACAUCUUCUGUCGGAAAGUUUUCUUGCCCGCAAAAUGAACCAAAAUACAAAUUUUUAAUUAUGGGAUUUUCAAUCUGGGAUCAAAACGUAAACCAAUAAAUUUGACCCAUAACCAAACUCUUUAAUGAACUUUAAAUUUAAUAUUAAGUUUGUCAUUCCGUUUGUAACACCUCGAAAUAUACAUUUUUUAAUGGAUUAUGUAGGUUCACGUUUUGUAUAGCCACCAUAUAAUGGCACCUUUGGUGAUUUAAGCGAAAUUAUUCACCGGUUCGUUAUGGAUACUACAGUCUAUGACAGAAAAUUGUCUGUGCAUUGUAGCCCCCAUAUAUCGGUACCUCCCUAUAUUCGGUAUUUUGAUGAUUUUAGCAACAUUAUUCACCGAAUUAUUUUUUUGAGUUUCGCAUUUCAAUAUUGUAAUGGCUUAUGAUAAAAGUUGUCUGUGCAGGUCCACGUCGUCGCAUAGACCCUAAUAUAAUGGGUACGGGUAAAAUAAUUUACUGCACAGAACGAGAAAGGAAAAUCCGAUUUUGCUCCAACCUUGCAAAUCCUAAUAUUUGUAUCAGUGCUAGGUCAGGUGUGAAAAUGGACAAUAUCGGUUCACUCCAUCAAGUGCCUCCCCCAUAAAGGGUCAAAAUGUUGAAUAACUCUUAUAAAAUGUGAUGUAAGUGUCCGAUUGUCUUCAAAUUGCACAUAUCACAAUAUUUUUAUUAACACUAGGUAUGGUGUGAAGAUGGAAUGUAUCGCUCCAGUUACUUCUAGUAACUCCCCCCUACAAAGGGUAACAUCAUGGAAAAUUAUAUCUAUAUAUAGAUAUAGAUUUAAAAAAAAAUUAUUUGCCAAAUUAUAAUAAAAUCGGUUCAGAUUUGGAUAUAGCUCCCAUACACAUUUUCAGCCGAUUUUAUGUAUUUGAUACACCAAACACGCUAUGCAUAUCUAAUUUUAAUGAAAUUUGGAAUGUUUAACGGAAUUUGAAACAAAAAUAAAUUUGUCAAAUUAUAUUAAAAUCGGUUCAGAUUUGGAUAUAGCUCCCAUUAUCGGCCGAUUCGUUAUAUUUCUCGAUUUGCAAUGAAAUCUGGAAAUUUUGAAUGCAUAUAAAAGCAAAAGAGGCAGCGAUGUGCACCGGGUUCAGCUAGUCUCUUAUAAAAUGGGAUAUAAGAGUCCCAAAUGCGAAAUGAUAUUCAAUCCUUUUCAAAAUUGACAAAUCCCUUAUAUUUCUACUUAAACAAGAUCUGAUACAUAUAUGGGAUUUAUUGGUACACUUCUUCUGCUACCUCCCUCCACAAGAGAUCAAAAUUUUAAAUAAUUACAAGUCUUAUAACAUGCGGAACAAGUCAGCGAUUUGCUCCAAACUUCGUGUAUCACCAUAUUUCUAUUUUCCACGGAUCCAAUAUAAAUAUGGGAUAUGAAGAACCACUACAAAAAUUCAACAUUUUCCUACAAAAAUUCAAAAACGUCAUAUAAAAUGAAGGGAAUUAAUCGAUAUAGUCCAACCCUGGCACGUAGUCCUAAUAUUUAUAUCUGAGUUAGGCCAGAUGCGAAGUGGACAAUAUUGGUCCACUACUCAUAAACGGCCCAAAUUUUGAAUAAUCAUAAUGCAAGUCAAAAUAUAUUUCAUAAACCGACAUAGGCUGUGAGGGUAUACAUCUGUCGUCAAAACCGGUUGACACUUUAUGAUUUUUUUUGAAAAAUUUAAUUUGCUUUUAAAUAAAUCCCUUAUUGAAAUCAUUUUAAUCGAAAAAAAGAAAAAAUCUGGAGACAAAGAUCAUAUGGAAACAUAUCCAUGAAACAAUAAAUUAGAAAUUUUGAUUUUUUUAUUAUAAUUUUUAUUAUUACGUUUAUAUGCCUUUUUGUUGUUUUAUUUUUUGAAAUUAUAUUUACAACAUGAAAAUUAAAAUAAAAAUAAACAGUAAUUUGAAAAAAAUAUUAAACACUAAUUUGAAAUACCUUUAUAAUUUUUACAAAUUAAAAAAAUAAAUAAAGAAAACUUAAGUUUAAUUACAAAUUCACUGCCCAGAAAAAAAUGAAAUUUUAAACGAAUUUUUUUUCUUAAAUGAAAAGAAGAACCACUUUCUUUAUUCAAUAAGUAUUAGUGAAGAGGAGACAAAAAUAGUUUGAAUCAACAGUAUAGGUAUCUACAAAGGCAAAAGAGACAUAUUAAGAAAACAUACACAAGAAAAUAUUGCUGCCAAGUCAAAAUCUAAAACAAAAUUAAUCCAAAUAACUAAAAAACAAACAAGUGCCAGGAUAUUCAUAUGGCAAAUGGAAAAAUAUAUAUAAAAAAGUCAACCCUAAAUGCAAAUGAAUGCAUAAAAGCAAACUUUUUUUGUUUAUAAUAUUUUACUUAUUUGUUAAUCACACUUUCAAUAAAUUGAUUACAUUUUACAUUCCUUUUGUCCUUAUUUUUUAUAUGUUGUUAUUUUCUAAUAUUUAUUUUGUUUUGAUUGUUAUAAACGUUAUUUUUUUAGUUUGAAAAGAAGAAUAGAAAAAAACUGUGAUAAUCUCAUCAAAUAAAUACAAAUUUUGUUUUAUACAGCGAA